AUGUUGACGCCUGCUUCGCGAUCAUGGGACGGAGAACGAUGUUCUCGAAUGGAAAGACGACUGCAGUGCUCCAAGCCCAGUACGCUGUCCCUACAAAGCCUCGACUCUGACUGGACAAACAUGGCAACCAUACUGGUCUCUGAUCUCCCCAGAGACGCCACGAUUGCAGCCGACCGCAUCAGAUCACUUGUGUGGAUAGGAGACGCUACUGGAAACUUCGCUUCUCUGGACCUCGCUGACGCUGCUUCUGGUGUUCACCAGCAUCAGAACGUGGGGUUCGCAAUUAGAGCUCUCGCUGUUGGUCAAAAGGUUCUUGUUGUCGUCGGUAUUGACGGGCAAAUUCUGCUUCUUAAUCCAGACCUCCCUACAGACACUGGAAAUGAUCUGGGUCUCCUACUUGCAAAGCCUAGACAGGCUGUACUGAACUCAGCAGGCACGUUUGUGUACGUUGUGGCAGGAGCAACAGACACUGGCCCAUCAGGUGGCACACUCAUUGAGAUUGAAUUGACUUUAGACCAGGGCCACAGAAGACAAGAGUAUGCUGUCCCGGGCAUUUCCGGCGUCACUGAAAUGGCAGGCUCGAUCUGGGUAGCCUGUAACACUGCUGAGGACUACUCGAGAGGUCAGGUUUACAACCUCAAUGCUGGGAAUCUCGUGCUGCUCCUUGGCAAUUUACCACUUAUCAGCAGGAUUGGUGCUUUGCUGUCGACUGAUACUAUUGUGGCUGUCCAUCCCAAUCUGAAUGUACUAUCUCUCAUCGACACAGCUAGUUCAGGAACACGGACUGUCCAGAUCGAUGGCAUUCUAGACAAUACUCUCGAAGUUGCUGGUAUCUCCGACACCACCUUCGUAGCGACGACCAAUAGCUCCCUUAUUCUUAUUCCGACCACCUCGAUCAUCACGAGCUCGCCCUUCAUCGAACCUGUAAAGCCGAUAUUCGUUGGAUCCUGGACACGACUGUUCUUCAAUCUGGGUGACACUGGGCUGGACACGGAUCAAAUCCAUUUUGGGGUCAGUGAACCACGAGCAGCAUUCGUGUCGUUUACAACGGAGUCAGACAAAGACGAGCCUGUACCCUUGCUGAUUGUUGGAGGUCGCACAGGAGGCUACGAAAUCUCAAUGAUGGAGACUGCCACAAAUAGAGUUCUGGCCACACAAAAGUUCUCUAUAUCUGACGAGUGGCUCGACGACAUCAACGGCCCUCCCGGUACUUAUUUCACCGACACUUUACCUCGUGGAGAGAGCAGUUGGGGAGGUGGUCCCAAUAGUCCUCAAAACCUCAACACUAAUCCACAUACUGGCACAUGGAAUCUCCUAGUCAUUCUCGUGGAUACAUCAAGUGCUCGUUGGCCUGAUGAAGAAAUUGAUUCGGCCAAGGAGAACAUAUUAAAGAACAUUACUACUGGCGUGGAUGUUGGCGCGAAGUCAUACUCUGUGAAGAAAUACUACGAAGAGAAUUCAGCCAACCAGUUGACUAUCAGCGUGCACAAGGAUACUGCUUUCGGAGUCCUAAACCUGCCCAAUGCAUGGGAGGACUACUUUGCUCAAACGAAAGACAAAGACGAUAACGUGACCGAUGAUCGUUGGUGGAACAAGAACGGUUCUGUUCGUCAAACCAUAGUUACUGCUGCAAACCAGAACAAUAUUGUCACUACUGAAGACCUCCAGGCUGUCGAUACUGUGGUGUUCUUCGUGUUUCCUGCCGAUACUGACUUCGUGGCGGGAGCUCGAUUUGCUUGGCCUGUCCAAUGGGAUUCCAGCGAGUAUUCAGUUGGCGACUGGUUCUGGCAAAAGGCCAAUUUUUCACAGAUUUACAUGACCUCAGAUUGGGAAUCGAGAGACGGCAGAAAGAUAUAUGCAACGCUAAGCCACGAGGUUGGACACAGUCUUGGUCUCCCUGACCUCUACGAGAAGCCUGAAUACGCGUCGGAAACAGUGAAAAGGAUCGUGUACGAUUGGGAUAUGAUGGCGGGAAGUCGCGACCAUCUUCCACAUUUCUCACUUUCCAACAAGAUGCGCAUGGGAUGGGUCAACGCAUCUGCGUUGAAAUUGUUCAACUUCCAGGUCUCAGGGGCAGUUUCGGAGACAGUCAUUCUACGUGCUGCUGAGGUCGGUACUGUAGCCACGAAUCAAUCUAGAGGUAUUGAGAUACGACUUGCCGAUGGGUGGAAUCUAUACAUUGAAUAUCGAGCUGAGCAAAUCGGGUUCAUCAGUGACGACUUGAUACACGAUCAACGUGUCAUGAUCACUGAUGUAGUCUGUACAAGCUUUCGCCCAGUGUCUUCGAGACCAGUCAUUCUCUUCGUGCGCGAUGAUCCAGCCACCCCGGGGAUCGACGAACAUUUGCUUGCCAGGAAUGAUUCUCUGAUACAAAUCGAACCAGCUACUCAGAUGAGACUCGCCGCGAAGGUGCUGAGUACUGAUACGAAUACCGCUCAGGUGCAAGUGACGUACUCGAGUGGUCAAAGGCCAGAGCCUGGCAUUCGAGAUUGGGAAGGUAGCAAAUCAAAUUGGCAAAGCCCAGACAUUGAAGUUCGCAACGAAAGAUCUCUCGCAAAGCCCGAUCGAUAUUACAACGUUCCAUGGUUGGGGCACCGAAAUCAGAUUGUAGCGAAGAUACGUAACUCAGGCGACCUACAGGCAACUGGAGUUACCGUUGACUUCUUUGUCACAAGAUUCACAACCGGAGACGGACCAGAAACACCAAUGGGAUCUGCAACGGGAGACAUCUUGCCGAGCAGCACCACUGAGUUCAUUGCUAGUGAGGAAUGGUCGCCACCAGAGGAUGGCCAUUACUGUAUGAUCGUCCGCAUUCGUCAGUAUCAAGAUCCGGCAGAUCCUUUAAUUUUGGAUAGAAACCCUUACAACCAAGUGGCCAGAUCAAACUACACCUCAUUCAUUUCCGCCUCUCAAUCGCCUUCAAGUCGAGUAAACACCACUAUCAAUCUAUCGAAUCCCUUUCCACAACGGUCUAUCGUGUUCGCUCGUGUCACGAAACAACAUCGUUACCACCGCGUCUUCACUAGCCACCAAUGGCGUCGCGUAUCUGGCAAAUCGCAGCUUCCGAUAAAAGUCUGGGACGAAUCUAUCUUCGGCACACCUGAGUGGGACGCCCUCGAACAGAAGGACGAGGGUCUCUUGUACAAACUGCCCAACCAGGUCAGCGUCGAGGGACACGUUACACGAGUCAUCCCAGAGAUACCACACAUAACUCGAUCAAUCACAGGUGGAGUAGGAAUCCGCAUCGACGCCGGACGCGCAACUCGCAUCGACAUCCGCGAUAUCAAUCGUGCAGCCGUAGCAGGCAGUGUGUUCUACCUCGAUAGUGGUAGACGUCUGGGGGGUGGAGGCAUUGUCCUCUUCGAAAUAUAUCCUAGCAGGGGAGGAGAUUAUAUCGUUGGAGACGACACACUGAACAGUGAUGGGUUCUUCGCAUUCAAAUUCGCUAGGGUUGACGCGGAACCAGCGAAAGCAGUAGUCGUGCAUUAUCUGGGGGAUUUCGAUGCUGCACCGAGCACUACCAGAGUACUCCAGACAAGAUCUGCUCGAUUGUGA